GUGCUGUGGAACGUCACAGAGAGAAGUUAGUUCCUGACCCUCCGGAAAAAAGGUGACGUUGGAACUCGAAAGCGAAACUGAGACGGAUUUCCCGAGAACUGGCGGCUCGAUUGCCAACUGUAUCCCUGCUUACUAAACAAGCGCACUACACAGACCACAUCAUAACGGCUAAGUAGUGCCCUAUCUGAUAAAGCUAUUUGUUACCCGGCCACAAGCUUCCUCGCUGAGUAAACCGGCUGAAUUCCCCGUCUCUGCCUCGACACACAGGGGGAAGAGAAGCCUGUCAGCUUCAGCUCUUAAGGCGUUUUGUGUAACACACCUGCGAUAUCCAUUACCCCUGAUGAGAUAUUAACACGUGUUGUAUCAGUGCUGAUUUGUUGAGCUCGACACACUGCCCCAAUGGCUCAGCCCAAACCACUCUUCAUUCCCUGGUUGAAGCAGCAGAUUGAUAGUGGACGAUACCCCGGCGUUCAGUGGGUCAACCAGGAACGCACAAAAUUCAGCAUUCCUUGGAAGCACGCUUUGAGGCAGGACUCCAACAGUGAUGACAUCCUUAUAUUCAAGGCAUGGGCACAGACGAGUGCUGGCUCCAACGGCCAGAUACCAGGUGACCACUCAGUGUGGAAAAGAAACUUCCGCAGUGCUCUCAGAGCCCGAGGCUUCAAGAUAGUGGAAGAUAACAAGAACGAUACUGCUAACCCUCACAAAAUCUUCAUGUGGCCAGAUGACUCACAGUCUGGGGCAUCUACCACGGAUUCACCAGUGUGUAAUAGUGAAAUUUCUCUUGGUGGUACCCUGUACCUGGGAGAAGACGAGUUGUUUCCGUGUGGAAGCCCGCAGCCUGAUUUGUUGCAGCAGUGCCUUGCGGGUCUGAAUAUUGUUGAAUCUCAACCAGAGAUGCCUGUGGAUCACGCAAUGUUUGUGAGGGAACCAGUACAACAUCCCAUGAACGCGGCUAUCUGUGACGCUCCAUUUCCCAUUCAGGAAACUUCAAACAUGAGCCACUUUUCUCCAGGUGACGGCGCUAUGGCUGGGGCAGGACAGAUUUCUCCUGCUGAAGGCACAUUGGCUCUGGACCAAUAUUCUCCACUAGAGGGCGCCUUCUUGGGCACACAGCAGCCCACGCCGCAGGCUGCUCCUGAGCCGGAAAUGCCUGUUCACACCACUUCUAACGACUCAGGCUGUAACCAAUUUGGGACCCAUUUUCUGGUGAAUGUUUAUUACAGAGGGAGGCAGGUGUUAAAUCAAAUGGUGGAGAAUGAGGCUGGUUUCUGCCUAGUGUUUAGGAAAGACCCUAGCCUAAUGGCAAGCCCACUUCCUGUUGUGGAGCUCCCCGGCACAGAGUCUAUACUGGACCAGACCCAGGCCCAGUCAACCCAGGAAAUUUUGAAUAAUCUGGGUGGGUUGGUGGUGAAGCGGGAGGGCGGCAUGCUGUUGGGAUAUCGUUGGGGAGACAGUCGUGUUUACUGGGGACUAGACAAACACGAGCAGAGACCCACAACCAGACCACUCUCCAAAAACAACCCUGAACCCAUCUAUUCCCUUAAAGACUUUGUGUCAGGCAUGAUGGAGUUUAUUCAGAACCGUGGACAGUCUCCUUCAUACUCGCUCUAUUUCUUUCUGGGACAACAGUGGCCCGACCCCAAGAACAAACCAUGGGAGAAGAAGCUGAUAAUGGUAGAGGUGGUUCUCACUGCUCUGGAGAAGCUGAAGAUGAUGGCCGUGGCAAACGGUGCGUCCUCACUGCAGUCAUCUAUGGAAUUGCAGAUUUCCUUAGAGCAGAUGAUGGAAAUGUGGUAGACACGAAUUCAGGUCAAAUGGCUGGAACUUGGCGAUAAACUGCACUCUGUAUGAAUGAUUUGGUCUUAAAUAGUUUGCUGCUUUUUUGGGGGGUUGGAUAACAGGUAGGGUCUCUAAAAAAGACAUUAGAUUUAAAAUGAUUUUAUACGUGAUGCUCAAGUUCCUGGAUAAAUAUAGUAAACAAAGGCAAUAAAAUGCAUGUUGUUACUUGAAAGUAAA